AUGGAAAGAGCAGGGUUGAGCGAAGCCAUCCGCUUCAUAAACGAGGUGAGCAUCCGCUUCCACCAUGAGGAAGGUGUCUACAAGUGCUUCUUGGAUUUCGUCAAUAUGCAUCGAAAGGGGUUUGUGGACCUGAACUACGUUCGUGUUAAUGUCGGUACUCUUUUUGAGGACCAUCCGGAUUUGCUUGAUCGAUUCUUGAGCUUUGCGUCGGAUUCCAAUAAUGGGAAGAAGGAGAAGGAGAACAAGUCUCUUGCCUCUAUGGUCGAGGUGCUGGAGAAACAUGGCUUAAAGGGUGCGUACGACCGAGGGCGGUUCUUGUUCAAGAAGAUCGCCGGCGUUUUGGGUCGAUCUGAAUACGUCGAGUUCUUGACCCACUGUCGCCGUUACGGUUCUGGAGAGAUUGAUAGGGGUGACCUGAACCGUCUGGUUGCCAGUGUGCUUGGCGGCCUUCCAGGGCUUUUGGACGAGUUUUAUGCUUUCUUGGAAGGUGACAAGUCACUGGGUCUGGGUACAACUACAAAGAAGAGAAAAAGGUCGGAAGAUUACUUAUCCGACAAGCCAAAGUUCUCAAAUUGUCGACGAGGCCGGACACCAAAUCUUCAAGAUGAUUAUGAAUAUCAUGUGGAUGACAAACAUGAAUUAUUGUUGCACGAAAUCGUUGGAGAAGUCACAGAAGUGGGGAGCAAGGUGAAGAAGGUUAAAGUGGGAGAGAAAGUGGGUGUUGGAUGCAUCGUCGGUGCGUGUCACUCCUGCGAGAACUGCAACAAUGACCUUGAAGUUUAUUGUUCAGAAAUGUUGUUCACCUACAAUUCUGUUUACCACGACAAAACAAUCACAUAUGGAGGCUACUCAGACACAAUGGUAGCUAACGAGCGCUACAUCGUCCGCUUCCCGGAAAACAUGCCACUUGACGCCGGAGCUCCACUCCUAUGUGCUGGAAUCACAGUUUACAGUCCCCUAAAAUAUUUUGGUCUUGCCGAGCCGGGUAAGCAUAUUGGGAUUGUCGGCCUGGGUGGCCUUGGCCAUCUCGCUGUUAAAUUUGCCAAGGCUUUUGGGGUCAACGUGACGGUAAUUAGCACCUCCAUUACCAAGAAGGACGAAGCCUUGGAACAUUUUGGUGCUGACUCAUUUUUAAUUAGCCGUGACCAAGAACAAAUGCAGGCUGCCAUGAACACAAUGGAUGGUAUCAUCGAUACAGUAUCUGCUGUGCACCCAAUUUUGCCAUUAAUCGGUCUAUUGAGGUCCCAUGGAAAACUUGUUAUGCUGGGUGCGCCGGACAAGCCGCUCGAGCUACCAGUGUUUCCUCUGCUUUUGGGAAGGAAGAUGGUUGUGGAGAGUGCUUUGGGCGGAAUGAAGGAGACACAAGAGAUGAUUGACUUUGCGGCAAAACAUAACAUCACGGCAGACAUUGAGCUUAUUUCGAUGGAGUACGUGAACACGGCAAUGGAGCGUCUUGCUAAGGGUGAUGUUCGGUACCGAUUUGUAAUUGACGUUGGAAACACCUUGGCUGCUACCAAGCCUUGAAGACUAAAAAAAAAA